UAGGAGGGAGGAACAGACACUGUGCUGGAGAGACACACAAAUACUGCAGGAGGAGCACAAGAAACAGAAACAGGGAGGGAGUUGGAGGGAAUGUGUUUGGGGGAGUAGUGCUGUACAGCCAGUCCUGACUUCUCUUCCUGUCCUCUUCUCAGUUAUCCCAGGAGAGGAGACCUGGAGGCUGACACUUCCCUGCUGCAACCCCUGUCAGAGCAGGUACAGCCGGAAUGGAGGAGGACCACCCUGCAGAUGUGUGCCCAACAACUGAGUGGGAGAUGCGUUUACAAGCGCAGGAGGAGGAGGUCAUGCUGCUGAAAUCAGUACUGCGUGAUGUUCUACAACGACUUCAAAACUUGGAAAUUCACUCAAAUCCUGGAAAUUUAUGUCAUUCCAACUCCUCUGUGGUGCAGUCUGUGAAAGAUACCAUUACACCAUCAAAAACCUGCAGUGAGCCUAAGAAAGAUGCACAAGAGAUGACCCCUUUGCGUAUCACAGUUGGGACACAGACAGAGUGGCCUCUGAUAGAGCGGGGAUCCAAGGAGAGCUUAGACACGUUGGAUGAAAAUUUAUCAUGUGAAAUUGAUUCACUGAAUGGUGAAACAGCAGAUGUGAUCGCUGACUAUGAGGAGGCACAAGUGGUGGACAAAGUGUUCCAAAGCCCACCACCAGAAGAGGCAGGAGCCGCUACAAAAAGCAUUUCAGCGCUAAGACAAAACAAGAAGGAGUUGUUACGAAGAAACAGUUCAUCUGAUAAACUGGUCAGAGAAGCACGAGAUAGAAGCAAAAAGCUGGAACGGAAAUCUGUCUCAACUGCAAAUCUUUUAAAUGCUUCUUCUGGGUCUAGAAGAGGAAAUUAUAAUUUGGAGGGGGUCAGCGUUAAAGUUUUUCUCCGUGGUCGCCCAAUCACAAUGUACAUCCCAUCCAACAUACAGAACCAUGAUGACCAGAAGCCGGAACUUCCAAGUGAAAAGCUACAGUUGGAAUGGGUCUAUGGCUGUCGUGGCCGAGACUCUCGAUGCACUCUCCGCAUGCUGCAGUCUGGAGAGGUGAUCUACUUUACUGCCUGCGUCAUUGUCAUGUGUGAUGUGAACCGUGGAACCCAGCGCCAUUUUUUGAGGCAUACAGACUGUGUACGCUGUUUAGCUGUUCACCCUGAUGGGGUCAGAGUGGCCUCUGGACAAACAGCCGGUGUAGAAAAGGAUGGUAAGCCUAUUGUGUUUAUAUGGGAUUCAUCAACACUCCAGAUACUGCAUCAGAUUGGUCUUGGAUUCUUUGAAAGAGGUGUUGGCUGUCUUGCCUUUUCCAUCCAGGAUUCAGGCUCAUACCUCUGUGUUGUAGAUGACUGUAAUGAACAUGUUUUGUCUGUCUGGGACACAGCCAAAGGAAAUAAGAUUGCAGAAACAAAGUGUACAAAUGAACCAGUUCUAUGCGUGGCCUUCAAUCCAGUGGACAGCAAUUAUAUUGUCACCGUGGGCAAGUCUCACGUACACUUCUGGACCUGGAGUGGGACGUCACUUACAAAGAAACAGGGGAUUUUUGGGAAGUAUAAGAAGCCUCGGUAUGUGCAGUGUUUACUAUUUGAUCGAACUGGGGAUGUCCUCACCGGAGAUUCAGAGGGACAGAUACUGACCUGGGGAAGAAGUGCAGCAGAUACAAGAACUUUAGGAAAAGGUGCAAAAGACACGUACCAAAUAUUACGUCACACACGUGCCCAUGAUGGUAGUGUGUCUUCACUUACUGCUCUCAGAGGGGGAUCUGUCCUCAGUUCAGGAGGGAAGGACAAACGCUUGGUGCUAUGGAGUGAAACGCUGACACAACUUAAAGAAUGUGAGAUUUCUGAGCAGUUUGGAACCGUCCGUUCCAUUGCUGAAGGCGCAAAUGGUGAAUUAUUGGUCGGCACAACAAAAAAUGCUCUUCUUAAAGGGUCAUUGGAGCAUGGAUUUACUCCUGUUAUACAGGGGCACACAGAUGAGCUGUGGGGACUGGCUACACACCCUACCCAUAAUAUCUUCAUGACUUGUGGACAUGACAAGCAGUUGUGCAUCUGGAAUGGUAGUAGUCACACACUAAGCUGGUCAUGCAUUCUGGAGGAUCAUGGUUUGUGUGCAGAUUUCCACCCUAAUGGAAGAGAAGCCUGUGUGGGUCUGAGCACAGGAAAGUGGCUGGUGGUGGACAUGCAUUCUCACAGUAUCCUUUCUGUGCACUCUGAUGGGAAUGAACAGCUCUCUGUGGUCAGGUACUCACCAGAUGGGAGUUACCUGGCUAUUGGAUCCCAUGACAACGUCAUCUACAUAUACAGCACAGGACACAAAGAUCGCAAGGGUGACUAUUCAAGAGACAGCUCAUUAGAAGAGAAAGACUCUCAAGAGGAGGGAGAAAGUCCUAAAGGCGAAGGGGAUAAUAAUGUGUCUGACAGAGUGCAGCGGUACAUACGAUAUGGAAAAUGCAUGGGUCAUUCUAGCUUCAUAACACAUUUGGACUGGUCAAAAGAUGGGAAAUAUAUCAUGUCAAACUCUGGUGACUAUGAAAUUCUUUACUGGGAUAUUGCUGGUGGCUGUAAGCUUCUCCGGAAUAGAUUUGAGAGCAGAGACCGUGAGUGGGAAACGUACACUUGUGUGCUAGGUUACCAUGUCUUUGGUGUAUGGCCAGAGGGAUCCGAUGGGACAGAUAUCAAUGCACUUGCUCGCUCUCGUGAUAUGACCAUGAUCUCUGUUGCUGAUGAUUUCUGUAAAGUUCACCUUUUCCGAUACCCGUGCAAUAAACCAAAGGCUCCGAGCCAUGUGUAUUCUGGCCAUGGGAGUCAUGUAACCAACGUUCGCUUCGCUCAUAAUGACAGUUACCUCAUCUCGUUGGGUGGAAAGGAUGCAAGCAUUUUUCAAUGGAGAGUUGUGAGGGGAGCCAACCUGCCGCGCAGCCAGUCAUUGUCCUCAGCCUCUUCAUUGGAAAUUGCCUCUUGAAUCACAUUUUCAAUCGGAGGACUUUUGGCCAGAGAUACCCCAGAUAACAAAGAGCCAGAUCCCAUUAUACUCAACCAAUAAUUUGCAUUUGUUUUGUUUUUUUUUCUACUGAGCUCCAACUGUAAUUGAAAUGCAGCAAAAGAUAAUCUGAGCCAGUCUUAACCGAAGACGCACCUUCUGUCCGCCUGUACUACUAUAGAUGACCUUUCCAGCAGAAUGUCCCCAAGAAUAACACGGUACAGAGAAAUGUGAAGUUUGUCAUAGUCAACUCAGCACUGCAUGUGCCAUGGACCGAUCCAGUACAGUAUGCUCUGUAACAGCAAAAUCCCUGAAGGGUACCAGAUAACUCUUCCUGGAUAUCAGUCCAGAAUGCUGAACUCCAUGCCAGGAAUUCGAACACUUCUAAACAAAACUACUGAGAAAAGACCUUUUAGCCAUAAUGUAGACCAAAACGUUCUGAUGCAGUAGAAGCUAAGCUACUUGGUGGAAAUACAGGUUAAAAGAGGCAUAAUAAAUGCAGCGAAAUGGAUUAGAAUCUCUAAUGGCUGUGAAACGCAAUAUACCUUGCUAAUUUAAACAUUCAAAGCACAAUCAUAUAAGUACUAAAACAUGCACUAUGAAUGUUAUAAAAAUAUGUACUACUUUUAUAUGCACUGUAUAUAGGCAUC